AUGGAAAAUUACUUGAAUCUGGAUUUAAUCACCAAUGAAUGUGAUAUUGUAAAUGAAGACAGUUCGUCAAAGACAAGAGAAAAUGAGGUUGUAUAUAAAGAUAUAAGAAAAACGUGCUCAGUGCCUCUGAACCACUUCGGUCCCAUACCGGGAAUCGAAGUUGGAAUGUGUUGGAAAUAUAGAGAUCAAUUAUCAAAGGCAGGAGUACACAGGCUACCGGUCUCGGGAUUCCACGGGCGUUCACUUGACGGCGCUUACAGUAUUGUUCUUGGAGGUCUAUAUAAAGACGGGUACGACAACGGCUAUGAAUUCACAUACAAUGGCAGCGGAGGCCGAUAUUUGUCCCGUGACCAGACGCUUACGGGACCGAAUAUGGCUUUAGCGAGAAAUUGCGCAGUGAACCCUUUAAACGAAGACGGCGCCGACGCUGGUGACGCUUGGAAGAGUGGAUUGCCAGUUCGUAUCGUCAGAUCCUAUAGGAUGCCAAAGCGUUUCCCCACAUACGCUCCCAAAGAGGGAUAUCGAUACGACGGCGUCUACAAGGUCGUAAAGUACUACCCCGAAAAGGGGCUCUCGGGGUAUAACGUGUGGAAGUACUUAUUGCGAAGAGACGAUCCUAAUCCCGCGCCAUGGGAACCCGAAGCGAAACAGUUUCCCGUCAUUUGGCCAGAUGGUUCUCAAGAAGCACGGGCCGAGAAAGAGGUCGUGGCCCCGAAAAAGAGGACAGAAAAAGAAACGAAUAGUGCUACUUUAAAAAAAGGAAAUAAGAGGAAAAAUGACUCGCCAAUAACUGUUUCGGAUGACGACGAUACUAUAAUGAUGCCGAAAAGGAGACGAGGAAUUUAUAGAACACAUAAAGCAAGAGUUUCUCUGUAUAAUGUGCCAAGGUGUCGUUCAAACCCCGGUCACCACGCCCUGUUUCCACAACUUUGUAUGGUUUGCUUGAAAGUCGCUUUAAAGUCUUCGCGACAAUGUCCACGGUGUAGAAAAAACAUCUCCGACGCGGAAUUGACCCUGAACGACGAACUGAAGAAUGCGUUGAAGAUGUUUCUCCCGGGAUACGACGCCGGUGAAAAGUAG